AAUGUCCCCCUCAUCUUUCUUUGUCAUGGAUUUUGCUGGAAGUUUGCUCGACUCGCACCAACACCAUGUAAUGUCUCUUACCAGCGGCGCCUUCGGCUGAGCUCCUACUCCAUCGCAGUCCAGGUCAGUCGAGAGUGCUCCAUCACAUUUCAGAAUGUCUCACUGCCACGACGAGCACCACGGUCACGGCCACGACCACCCCGAAGGAGCUCAUGACCACACCGACGACGUGACUCCUGCCCUCCAGAAAGUCCUUUAUGAACAGAUCGACUUCAGUGCCUUGACGACAUUCAACGAAGCUGAACCCCGCUCAGGAGCCGCCAUUGCGCAGAAGACAUGGGCACAACGCUUAGAUCCCCAGCCCGAGCUGGAAAGUGAUGCGGACGAGCAGCUGCUCAUGACUGUCCCCUUCACAGGCCAAGUCCGACUGCACUCAAUCCUCCUCCGCACAUCUACCACAUCCUGCGCACCGAAGACACUAAAAGUAUUUCUCAAUCGCGAUGACAUCGACUUUACCACGGCAGCUGAGCUACAGCCCACACAGGUAUUCGAACUAUCGCAGACUUCAGAAAUACAGGAGAUUCCAGUCAAACGUGCACUAUUUAAUACUACAAGGAGUCUGGCGCUGUUCUUCGAGGACAACUUUGGGGAUGGCGACGAGGAUGUCACGAGGAUGAGCUAUGUGGCGUUCAAGGGCGACUUCACAAAGUUGAAUAAGGAACCCGUGAGUUUCUUGUACGAGGCAGCGGCCAAUCCGUCGGAUCAUAAGGCGAUUGUGGGUACGAAAGAAGGCAUGGAUAGUUCGCUGGGUGGGCCCGGCGGAGGACGACAUGGGAUGUAGGACGUUCAAGCGAAUUCAUGGGGUUAUAAUCGCCUAAUGAGCUUGUUUGGGACGAAGGACGUUGAGUUGUUGCUCAGGAUGAAACGGAUCCUCAAUUCCAAAGAGUUAUAUUCAGACCUGGCUCCGUCGAGCUUUGACUCGUUCAUAUGGUUGACGACGGGGUGACAGAGCUUCAUGUAGAGCAAGAUCGUGUUCAUGCGCAUCUGUGAGAAGUGGAGAAGUGUUAUUGGUUGCAACGAGAGCUCUGUGUGACAAUACGUACUCUUUGCUUAUAGCAACAUACACCCGGCCAUAUUCCCCAACCUUUCCUUCCGGUGCCAACAUAGCGCGCUCAAUGCGGCUUAUAUCAUAUCAUUAUGGUGGCCAAGGUAGAUAACUUCGCGAGCUUUUGUC